GCCGAGGGGUCGGCGCGGCCGCGCGCGCAGGGGCCCCCCGGCCCCCCUCGGCCGGCCGACGGCCCCGAAGAGAGCCGCUGGGCCCAUGGCCUGAGCGCCGCAGCGCCGCGGGCGGACCGGACGCGCAGCCGGCCGCCGCGCCGCCCCUGCCCCCCUCCGGCGCCCGCCCGGAGGCACGCCCCCGGCAGGCCCCUGCAGGCCAUGGACGACAGGCAUGCGCUCUCCGCGAUCCGGAGCGGCCUGGCGGACCGCUCGGCGGAGCGCCGCAAGCAGGCGCAGGAGCAGCUGGAGAGGCACGUACGGGACCUGGCGCAGGAGCUGGACGCCGCGGCCCCAGGUGCCCCGAGGGACGCCCGCGACGGCGCGGUGGAGGCGACCCUCCGCACCCUCAGGGACGAGUUCUGCGCCUCGCCCUUCCCGGAGAAGCGCAAGACGGGCCUCCGCUGCCUCGCGGCGGCCGCCGUCGCCCUGGGGCCUCGGCACGCGCGGGCCUGGACGGAGACGCUCGUGCCCGUGGUGCUCACGCGCUUCUCCGACGAGGAUCCCGGCGUGCGCUACGGCGCCUGCGAGUCGUUCUACAACAUCGCCAAGGUGGUGCGAGGGGCCAUCCUCGUGCGGGAGGGCGCCGAGGCGAGCGCCUUGGGGUACCUCAGGGACACCUUCGACGGGCUCUGCAGGCUGUACUGCGACGUGGACGCGAAUGUCAAGGACGGCGCCCAGUGCCUCGACCGCCUGGUCCGCGACAUCGUCACGGAGUGCAGGGACUUCAACUACCCAGAGUUCAUCCCCCUGCUCACCACUCGCAUCCGUGUUCUGAACCCGUCGGUGAGACAGCUGGUCCUCGGCUGGAUGCUGCUCCUCGAUUCCGUGCCACAGGUGGACAUGAUCGAGUACCUGCCACAGUACUUGGAGGGGCUCUUCGGCAUCCUCACGAGCGAUAACCGCGAGAUCCGCAACACGGCGGAGGGCUGCCUGACGGAGCUGCUGGCCGAGAUCAAGAGCAGGACCUCAGACGACACCUCGGAGCCGCGCGCGCGGGCGAUACGGCACAGGGGCGCGCAGCGCGCGAUCGCGCAGGCAGCCCCGACCAUCGCCAAGUGCUGCCGCGGCGGCGGCGAGAGGCGCCAGGAGGACAACUACAUGCGCCUGCGCGCUCUGCACUGGCUGCUCGAGCUCGUCAGGAUGCAGACCUCCCUGGAGCAGGAGCCCGGCGCCCCCGCGGACCCGGCCCCAGCCGCUGAGGACGCCCAGCGGCCUUUGCACGCCCGUGAGCCCCACGGCGCGCGCCCGGCGGGGGUGUUCCACUUCGGCCACGCCCGUGCCUUCAGCGCUGGCCUGCUCGCGGAGCCCCCGCCCGGCGGGGCGACGAGCCCGGCGCUGCCCCCCGGGGGCGACGACGCUGGCGGGGGCCUUAGCGCGCUGCUGCCCGUGCUGCUGUCCGGGGCGCUGCACUGCCUCGACGACGCCGAGGACGAGAUCCGGGACGAGGCGGAGCAGGCGAACACGGCCCUGCGGGCGGCCGCCUCCUGCCUGGAGCGGCGGCUGCCGGUCGAGGCGGUGGCCGACGCGGUGCUGGGCGCCAUGCGCCGGGGCGAGGGGGGCCAGGAGCGGAGCCCCGCCGUGCUGCUGAAGUGCUUCAGCUGGGCGCAGCUGCUGCUGCGGCAGGCACCGGGCCGCGUGCUGCAGCCGGCGGUGCGGGACCGGCUGCUGGAGGCGGCGCUGGCGGUCCUGGGCUGUCCGGAGGAGGAGGAGGAGGAGGAGGCUAAGGAGGACGCGGAGCGCAGGGCCGCCAAGGAGGCCGCGGAGGGCGCAGCGGGAGAGCGCGUUGCGGCCGUCGCGCUGCAGCUCAUCGCGUCGCUGGUCGCCCCAAGCGCGCAGCCGCAGGCCUCGGAGGGGCAGCUGCACAUGACGCCCCUCCCCAGCGUCGCCUCCGACGACGACGUGGCGUGCGCCACGCAGCCGGAGGCGCGCCUCAGCCCCGAGCAGCACCACCUGGGCGCCGCGCCCGACGGAUGCCCUGGCGAGGGUGGGUCAGAGCAGCAGCGUAGGCCUAGCGGCGACGGCGACUUUGCUGGCGGUGGUGGUGGUGCUGCUGCCGAAGCUGCGGCUUCUGCUCGCGAAGCGGCCGGGGAAGGGCCAGCUGCGAGCCUGUUCGCGCGCAUGUGCCACAGGCUCUUCGCGCUCAUGAAGGAGGACCGACGGGUGCUGGGCAGCCGCGGCGCCCUGAUCGUGCGGCAGCUGUGCGAGGGCGUUAGCGCCGACCGGUUCUACGCCAUCGCCGCGCGCGCGGUGGUGGCCGAGCAAGACCCCGAGUUCGCCCAGCAGCUGGUGCGCGUGCUCAACCGGGUGCUGCUCACCUCGCGGGAGACGAGGGCCCUGCGCGCUCGGCUGCGCGACGCCGCCGCCGCCGCGCCGAGGCCGAGCGCGCUGCAGCUGCAGGGCGGCGGCGAGCCCGGGCAGCAGGCGCCAGUGUUGCCGCUGGAGCUGCUGCGGUCCUGGCGCUGCUGCCAGGCCUGUGCCCUGGGGCUCUGCCUGUGGCUGCACUGGUUUGAGCUCGCCGCGGAGGUCACCGCGGGCCUCGCGCGCAGUGGCCUGGCGCCGUGCCUGGCGGCGCAGCUGGCCGAGCUGGCCGGGCUGCUGGAGAGCCCCGUCUUCGUGCGCGUGCGGCUGGAGCUCCUCGACACGCGGAGGCACCCGGCGCUCUUGCGUGCGGUGCUGGGCCUGGUCUCCCUACUGCCGCAGGAGAAGACGCUGCGGCGGCGGCUCGACCUCGUCACGACGGGGAUCCUCUUGGACCGCCUGGGCCCCGGCGGCGGCGGGCCGCCCGCGCCGGCCAGGGUCCCAGGCGCGGCCGUGGCCGCGCGCCUGGCGGAGUUCGAGGAGGUGGUCGAGCUGCACCGGUGGCGCGACUGCACGAUGUGAGCCGCCGCUGCGGCCGCAGCGCUGGGGAGCACCGGGCUGGCGGGCGGCAGCCUCUGGACGGGUGGCUGUGCACGACGCCGGGCCAGGUUCGCGCGGUGCACUUGCGUUCGCAUCACCUGCUCACCCAGACGUGCUUGCGUCGCGA